AUGUCGCAGGACCCGCUUACCUCAUCCGCCGCAAUUCCUCCCGCCAAGCCCCGUCGCCGGCGUGACAAACCCCAAUUCUCCUGCAACGCUUGUCGUCAACGAAAGUCUCGAUGCGAUCGGCAACAGCCCACAUGCUCCAGCUGUCUCUCGCGGGGUCAGACGUGCGUCUACCUGACGCCUAGGCCCGGAGCAUCGUCCUCGUCGGCCCCGUCCAGCGGGACCUCCGGAGUCCAUGACCGGCUCGUGCACCUGGAGCGUCUCGUUAAGUCGCUGAUGGCCGAGGGGGUGGUAUCUCACCACCACCACCAUAAGCCCCCGCAGCCACUGGCCACGCCCGAUUCCAGUUCCAGUGGCGGUAUUCGACAAGAGUCGGCCAGCGGCCUCGAUACGCAGUCGGACUGCGGAAGCAUGCAGAUCACCAGUUCGGAGCUGCGGUAUGUGGCCGGCGAACACUGGGCGGCCAUUCUGGACAGUAUCGCCGACCUGAAAGCCCACUGUGACCGUGAGGAGCAGAUCUCCCUGGCCGAGACCCCCACUCAUCUCAGUGAGGAGGAACCACCCCACUUCCGCCAUGCUUUGUUGCUGUAUGGAUGUCACCGGGCCACCUCGCGCGCGGAGAUUAUCGCGGCUCUGCCGCCCAAGGCCGCCGUCGACCGCUACAUUUCACGCUAUUUCAACUAUCUCGACCUAGUCGCAUCCGCUGCGGUACAUGGGCCCAGCUUUCUGCGAGAGGCAAGUUGGCAUAUUUUGAAAUUAUCAUAUGAGGCAUUCUGGACCGAUUCCAGCCGGGUGUCGAUCGUAUGGGUUGGCCUUCUCUUCAGCAUGGUGUGUCUGGCGGUGAUGGCUUCGGAUACGACCGACGGGCCCGAAGCGGAGCAGAAGUCCCUCCAGAUUGACCUCUACCGCGAGAAGAUCGUGCAGUGCCUGGUUCUGGGCGAGUAUACGAAGCCCGGGCAAUAUGUGCUGGAGACCGUCGUGCACUAUCUUUACAUUGAGUUUGGCAUCAACCCGGAUGCGGAUCGCAACAUCUGGUUUUUGUUAGGACUGGAAGUCAACCUAGCGAUGCGAAUGGGUUACCACCGCGACCCCAGCCACUUCCCGGGCAUCUCACCGCUGCAAGGGGAGAUGCGACGACGACUCUGGGCCACCGUGUUGACGAGCGACAUUCUCCUCUCCAGCCAGAUGGGGAUGCCACGGAUGAUCUGUGACUGGAAGUGCGAUACGGCCGAGCCGCGCAACCUCUCCGACAUGGACCUGGACCAGGAGCUAACCCAGCUGCCACCGGCCCGACCCGAGACGGAACACACCCCGGCGCUGGGGAUCAUCGCCCGUCGCCGCAUGAUCAUCGCGCUGGGCGCGAUCGCCGAUCUCGCGGACGCGGUCAAACCGGUCAGCUACGCGGAGAUCAUGCAAGCGGAUCAAGCGCUGCACGAGGCGGUCGCCAGCAUUCCACCACCGCUCCGUAUCAAGCCGCUGGCGGCGAGCGUGACGGAUUCGCCGCAGGUGAUCAUGUCGCGGCUCUUCCUGGGCCACCUUUUGUACAAGGGGCAGAUCAUGCUGCACCGACGGUUCCUGGAGCUGCAUGUUGCGGCCACGGCCGGCGAAGCGCCCUUCGCGUACUCGCGCACCGCUUGUAUAGACGCAUCGCUGGGGACGUUGCACAUCCAGCACGUGCUCGACGAGGAGACCUGCCCGGGCGGCCAGCUCCACGAGAUGCGGUGGCGCAUCACCUCCAGCAUGAACCACCUCUUUCUAACGGCGACGAUGAUCCUCUGCUCGCUGCUGCACCGGGCGCAGCCGCUCAGCGAGCGCACGGAAGAAGUUCUGGCUGCCCUACGGCGGGCGCGCACCAUCUGGAUGCGACGCAGUACCUCGUCCCGGGAGGCCAAGCGCGCGACGGAGAUCGUCAGCCUUACCCUUGCGCGCGUCGGGGACGGGAAUCGGAGUGCGACGAGUGCCGAGGAGGACAGCGAGCCGAUGGUGGUGACGCAGAACGCGUCGACGGUCACCAGCAGUGACUUUACCACAGGGCUGGGGAUGACCACCUGGUCGCAUUCCAUGGAUCUGAGUGAAGCCGACCGAGGGAUGAUGCCGUCAAUGCUGGGACCAUACCCUCCCCCGCAGUAUACAGGGAUGGACUACUCCUUCCCCAUGAUGGACGACUGGUUGCAGAUGCAAUGGUUGGGUCCGCAGGAGGCGGAUCUGUUCUUCCCGGGGUGA